GCCAAUGCCUUCCACAGCAGCCGGCGGUGAGGAGAAGAUGGCAAAGCUCUGGAAGCUGAUGGAACACUAUGAGCCCAAUGACCAAGAGUCAAUCCAGAAGUCCUUUGCCCGACACCUGGAAUAUUCGCUGGCCUGCACACGCUUCAACUUCACCAUGCAGGAUGCUUACCGUGCCGCAGGGUUUGCCUUGCGAGAUCGCCUGCUCGAGUCCCUGAAUGACACAGAGGCUCACUACCGGGAGAAGGACGUCAAAAGGGGAUACUACUUGUCUGCCGAAUACCUGAUCGGGCGGCACAUGCAGAACGCCAUCGCCAAUUUGGACCUUGAGCGGCCUUUCCAGGACGCAUUCAUGGAUCUGGGCAUCAAGCUUGAG